GUCUAGUUAGAAUAUAUUGAUUGAAGAUUUUAACUCUUUUCAUUUGAUCAUUUGAAAUUCGAAUUAGUGAGGUCUACUUUAUAUCUGUUCUGUCAGUAAGUAAAUUUUUUAUUACUUUUCUGAAAUUAAGGCUCUCUUAGAGGCAGAUAUUGCGAGUGAUACUGGGUAAACCCCACCAGAGGAGUUAAGACUUUAGUCCAAGUUACUGAAUCUAUUCUCAUCUUUUUUUUUUUGAUAAUGGUAACUUGAAUUUAUGCUCAUCUUAUAUCACAUUUUAGUUCCUUAGGCCCAAAAAUCAGAAGAUGGGAAGCAUUCCACUGAUUUCCAGCUUCUCUUACAUUUUGGGAAGACCAUCAACAGUGCCUUUUUAUCCUCAUCGGCCAUUCAGGCAAACGCAAACACUGUCCGUUUCCUGCGAUUACUCCUGUUUCGAACUAAGGGAUGUCUCUUAUCGACCUCCAGGGACCAAGAUCGACCUAUUGAGUCAAGUCAACCUUUCCAUCCCUGAGAAAAGUUUUGGCUUGAUAUUUGGACGGAGUGGAAGUGGAAAAACUACUUUAUUGCAGCUGAUUGCAGGGCUAAGCAAACCAACAUCCGGUUCCAUAUAUGUGCAAAGAUAUAGCUAUGAUGGUGAAAAGAUCAAGUCUCCUGAAUCCUUACAACCAGAAAGAGUUGGCAUUGUUUUCCAAUUUCCUGAGAGAUACUUUGUUGCGGACACUGUUCUUGAUGAAGUUACAUUCGGGUGGCCAAGACAAAAGGGUGGCCUACAGUUAAGAGAGCUUCUUGCUUCUAGACUUCAAAAGGCCAUUACCUCGGUUGGUCUAACUGGAAUACCUUUGGAUAAGGAUCCCCACUCAUUAAGCGGUGGCUACAAACGUCGACUUGCCCUUGCUAUUCAAUUAGUUCAAAAACCAGAUUUAUUAAUAUUGGAUGAGCCUCUUGCUGGUCUUGAUUGGAAGGCUCGUGCAGAUGUGGCGAAAUUGUUAAAGCAUCUAAAGAAGGAGCUAACUUUACUUGUUGUCAGCCAUGACCUCAAGGAGUUGGCAUCUUUGGUAGAUCAAUCUUGGAGGAUGGAAAUGGGAGGAGCACUUAAAAGAGAGCCACUACCUAUUUAAUACCUGGGAUUUAUAAUGUUCCCAACAAUCAUUUUCUGAUGCAAUCUAUGAGAUACCAACCCGUGGAAGUUUCCUCUUGCUUGAGACAGACUCUACGACAUCAGCGUUAGGAGCUCUAUGAUUUGGCUGGACGGUCUUCAACAUCUUCUUCAUGAAAUGUGUUCCAUAUCUUCCAUUGGCCUGUUUAUUCCCUUUCCCAUAUUUUGCUGGAUAUAGACUUGGACUGUGCGUUCUUUAUAAGGAGCUCUCCUGGUGACCCUUUUUGUUUCUUUCUGUCUCUUGACGUUCAACUGAAGAACCGAAAAGAUAUUUCUGGUUUUUAUGAGAAACGAUUGCAUAUUAUUCUUGGAGAGUGCUCAAGGUUAUUGUUUUACUUCAAUCCCUUGACUAUUGAGGUCUUAACAUUUCAUGUAACCUCUGAAUGUAAUCACUACUUUCUGUAAUGAGUUUUGUGAUAGUUUCUUUAGCACUUAAUUUGUCCUUUAAAUUUCAAUUAACAUGUGAAUGUAGUUACUGGCUUUUGUAACUGAGUUUGAUGGGUUUGCAGCA